AUGGCUGCAUCACUCUUCCAGCUCCCUGAUGAGCUCCUAUUAGCUCCCGUCCUGCAAACCUACCCUUGCCGCGACCACCAGAUCCACACCCUCGCAACAUUGCUCUACCCGUCAGCAGCCCCCUGCCGAACACUCACGAUCCACGGCGUAGAGUCAACCGGCAAAUCCGCCAUCACAGCCUCUCUGCUGGCCUCUCUUGCGAGACCAACGCCAAACCUACGAUAUGCCUUUGUCAAUGCGUCCCAGUGUAUCACCGCGCGUCACCUCUUCGAGUCCAUCGUCAUGUCGAUAGCAGAGGCCUUGGACUGGCCGCAAGAAGAUACUGCGAUUCGAUGCGAAACCUUGGCGCAAUUGGACGUGGAGCUGGUCCGGAUGUUGAAAUACCCCAAACGAGAGGACAACUUUCGCUUCGUCCUGGUGCUCGAUGCGAUAGACCGGGCCAGAGAUGCGCCAUCGUCCAUGCUCCCCGGCCUCGCUCGCCUGUCUGAGAUUAUUCCAUGCCUCACGACGGCAUUUAUCCUCACAGCACCUCUACCGCUGAGGACGUCCUCCUUCACGCCAAGUGUACAUUUUCCACCAUACACAAAGCCCGACUAUCUCCGCAUUCUCGCCUUGACGCCACCGACAGAGCCAACACACAAUGCGACCAUGGAGGAAACACUCGCCCUGUGGCCAAGAUUCUGCGCAGCGGUGCACGAUGCGCUCGUACAGUCAGCAGCUCGCUCGCUGCCAAGCUUCAAGCGAGCGUGUGAGACCCUUUGGCCGAGGUUCAUUGCCCCUAUCGAGAAGGGCACAUACGAGGCGAAAGAGUUCUCCAAGCUCCUCGUCGCAGCAAGGACACACUUCCAGGACGAGUCAGUGCUAAACCCCAGCAUCAUCUCCGUCGCACCCUCCUCCAAAACCACCUCGACGGACCUGUCCACCCUGCUGCCUCGCACGGCGCGGAUACUGCUGCUCUGUGCCUAUCUCGCCUCGCACAAUGCCCCUAAGCAUGACCUGACGCUCUUCUCCACACACCACCAGGGUGGUCGUCGAAGACGGCGGGUAGCCCCGACAAUAGCCUCCAACAAGCACCGCAAAAUCGCGAGGAAGCUGCUCGGCGCCCAUGCCUUUGUCCUCGAGCGCAUGAUGGCCAUUUACGCGGCUGUGAAGAGUGAAUGGACAGAGGAUCCUCGAGUGGCAGCUGUAGAUGCCGACGUGGGCAUGGCAAUGGCUACGCUCACCAGUCUCAGACUGCUCACGCGUGUUGGCACGGGCGACGUGAUGGACCGCGGUGGCAAGUGGAGGAUUAGCGUGGGCUGGGAGAUCAUCCGAGGGGUCGGGAGAAGUAUAGGCGUCGAGCUAGACGAGUGGUUGAUAGAGUGA